UUUCAAUAUGGCGGUUCCAUGCGUGGGUAUGAUGGUGAUACAAAUGUCGUCUUUGGCUGUAACACUCUUUAAAAGAGUAUACUAUGACUGAUGGCAUCAGAUUAUGAGUGGGUCUUCAAGAAUUGGUGAUUCAGUUACCAGUAAUGUCAUGCUGGCAGACAAAUCUUGCUCCGCAUCAGAGCAGAGAAAGACAGAGGACAAGAAGGCCAAAAAGAAGAUUUCUGAUGGCUCCAAAAAGCUUUGUAUUCAGUGUGUGAGGCGAGGAGUCCAGUCCAAACUACGUCUGUAUCAAAUCCAUCUUCAUGAAGCAAUUUUAAUGUGUGAAAAUGCUGAUUGUACAUACUCAUUGCAAGGAAGUGAAGAACUACCACAAGUGAUUAGUCGUGACUUCAACAGCAUCAAAAGACUUCGAGGUCGGCUGCCACCUGCAUUUCGUACAUUUGCUGGCUCUCAAGGUCUUCAUGUAGCUAGAAUUCGUGGUGGUGUUGCCAGUGAAGGUUUCCUCACACCAGUGUCUUACCUGUCACGUUCAUCGUCUCCUGUUAGUCAGGCAGCUUCUGAUAGUGCUGUGGUUGGGGUUUCUUCAAAAGACACAUCUUUCUUUUCAGAAUUAAGUCUUUUGAAAAAACCUUUUUUAAAGUCACAUGAAUCCAAAGUCAAAUCAGUACCAGUAGAUAGUAAGCUCAAGCAGGAAAAGUAUGUGCUAGGACAGGAGAUACAUUGCUUUGGUCAGAAUGAUGAAGAUGAUCUGUCAGUGUUGUUGAAUGACUAUGAUGAUGCAGGAGACACAGUGAAUUGCAGGCAGUCAACCCAUAGCCAGAUACAGCCUAGCACAGCAAAAUUAAAUUCUGCUUGCCUAGAGGACAUCAUAGCAAUGGAUGGGUUUGAGGAUACUUACACAGAUGAUGUAAGAGCAUGUGGUGAUUCAGCACACAGCCAGCCUGUAGAUAAGGAAUCUGUUCAUUGCGCAGGCGAUGGAGGGUCCAACGGUUACACAUCUGAGGCUUUGCCAGAUCAUGGUAUGGCAAAGCAAGUUGAAGGACAAGCAGGAGAUUUUAUUGCAAAGAGUUCUCUUUCUGAUGCACACAAGGGUGUACAAGUAUUAAAAGAAAAUGACCAGGCACUUGACAGUUUUAUGGAACAGACAACAAGUACUUCAGUAACGCAAGAAUAUAUUCUGACAGAUUCUCACACAGUGCAUCUUUCAGAGGAGUUGGUAAUAAAACCCACUAUUAGUAAUUCUGUGGUUGCUGAAGGUGGGCCAAGAGAGCUCUCGCCUGUUUCCUCUGAAAGUAGCUCUCCUCAGGAGCACAGUUUUGGUUCAUUUUGUCCAGAAAAAACAGAUAUAUGUCUUGCUUCAAUUGAUAAAGUAACAGAAGAAUACCCCAUUGUUUGUAUAACGGCUGUGAAAUCUGAUAAAAGUUCAUCUGUAGGGACUGCAGUUUUAGAAUCCGGAACUUGCCUAUCAGAAGAGAGAGGUGAUUUGUCCCAUACAGACUUGGGUGUAAACGCACCAAAUACAGGGAGGCAGACUUAUGCUACCGACGAGAUGAGUUCAUUAAUAAACUAUAAAGAUGGUGGAAAUAAGAGUGCUUCCUCACAUGAAAAUUUUGAUGAAAACGAUCAUUAUCUGAAAUCAUCCAGCACACAGGCUGAGACUCUUGUUAUGGCUUGUGAUGCCAUGUAUGAAACAGUGGGAGAAAGUGGCUCUUCAGUUUCGCAAAAGAGUUGUGUCCCAUUAAGAGGAACAUUUUUGGACAUGACAUGUACAGAAACAGAGACAAAUAAACCAAGAGAUGAGACUAAUGCCAGCAGCAUUGUAUCACACACAAGUGGGUUUGCCUUUUGUUCAGCUGAGGAGGAUAGGCAAAAUGUGUGUGGGGAGACUGAGAAACAGCAUGAGCAACAACAAUCCAGCAUCCCUGCAUGUGAUAAUGAUACUCUGUCAGCUGUUGCCAAGGUGCAGGAAAGCAUACAAGAUCAGCAGACUGUUUUUCAGUCCAUUACUUCUGAGAUAAUGGCAGAUCACAGUGCAACAGAGUUGCAGACUAGUGGCAUCAUGGAGGAAAAUGAGGUCCAUUGUCAGCAUUUUGCAGACUCCAUAGACAAAAAAUGCAUUGCACAGUCCCAGGUUAGUACUGCAAUGAAAGAGAACAUCGAUCUCCAGACUGUUGAUGUUAUUACGCAAGAGUGUGUUGCGCAGCCCCAGUCUGGUGACAGUGUGAUAAAGGAGAAUAUGGCACAAUCCAUCAGUUCUGGUGAUGGGGUUGAUGAGGUUGUGGUGAUGUCUCAGGCUACUGUUGAGGAUAACCUUUUACUAACCCAAAAACUAGAUACAGAUUCUGGUAACUUCAGUUCUGUGGAAAAAACAGAGCCAGUUCUGCAAGGCAUAGGCUCUGUUCAUCAGCAGGUUACAGAGUCUGAAGCCGAGCAGCAGUUGGUAGAGGAGAUAAUUGAUGAGGAAACUAGUGCUGUGGUGUACCAAAGUGAGCAAUUUUGUGAGAAUGGGCCUGAAGAAGAGCAACAAAUGAAUCCAGUGCAACAAGCAGAACACGGUGUUGUGCAGGAAGAGAUUUUUGUAACCAGUCUGCCACAGGAGUCUCUACCAGAAGGCACGAAUAAGAAAGAUGCAAAAAGCAGACAUGUUUCCACAGGAGUAUUGGAAGGUGAGUCAGGUGAUCUUGAGCAUUUUACCGUGUCCACUGAUGGACAGAGUAAUGAGAGCGAGUCAGGGCAAGAAAUUUGCAUUGAUAACUCUGACUACUAUGAUCAAGUAUCCACAACAUACGAGCAAGGAUUUGAGCGGGAGGUGUCACAAGGAACACCGGCCCAUGAAGGAGGUAUUGCUUUUUUAGAGAGGGGUGAAGAGGUGGCAGCGUCACCUGAUGAAGCUGGGACUGGCAGCUCUGGCACAGCACCACUGCCACAGGCUGAUGUUCUGGCUGUGGCAUCUGAAAUGGCUGGCGUUGGUGUGUACCAACAGGGCACAGAAACAAUGGAAGUCAACAUGCAGGAACAGGAAACUUGUAGCAAUGACUCCGAAAAUGCAGAUGGUCAGGGAGAUAUGGAUAUAGAAGAGUUUGUACCUGUGGCUAUUGAGACUCGACGCAUUGCUGCUGUUGAUACAGACAGAGAAACAGAAGGUGUUACCACAGAGAUACAGCAUCUUGCUGUAAAAGAAGAAGAUGAAUCUGCCCAUCAACAGAUCCUGCAACCAUCUGGCCUAAGAUCAUUGUUGCCACAACAUCUGACCCAAUUACCUACUGCAGCCUCUUCUACGUAUCUGAUGCCGCAUGCUUCAGCUGUGCAGCAGCAACAGCAAACUGAAGUGGUGGUGCCACAAGAACAUGGUAUAGAACAAGAGGCUAGUCUUGAGCAGCAGCGAGCAGCAGCUUUAGGUGAAGUGGCAUUAGAACGAGUGUUUCAAGACGCAGCAGUAAGAGGCACAGGAAUGCAAGUGGUCAACCUUUAUGUCCAGUGGCAGAAUGUGGAUGCUUUGUGUUGGUUGGAUGUUCUUCUGUGCAUGUUAGUUCACUCCCCAACAGCUACAGCAAUAAUGACUCCUGCACAGCAGCAGAAUCUGCAAGGCACCAUUCUGGCAACACUGUUCAAAGCAUACCACCAGUCUCAGGCCAUCUUACAGAACCUGUUGGCCAGAGCUGCCCAACAAGAGGCACAGCUGCAUGCUUCACAGUGUGAUGUCGAUGGUAAUCCUUUGCAGCCAGCUGUGCACACCAUCAAUAUCGUUGACAAGAACAAUAUUGCGGAGAUUGGGCAAGCUGUAGGAAUUUUAUAUUCAGCAAGAGAGACCAUUUGGAAGACAAUGCAGCCUCGACUCCGCUGUGAGAAAGGAAAACAUGACAGUCCUGUGUUUGCGAUGCCUCUUCUGGUUCGUGAAAAUGCUGAGAUGAAGCGCAUGUUCACUAUGCACUACCGCCUGGUGUUUUCCUGCCAAGCCUGUGGCUACACUCAGGAUGAUCAGCAUGCAAAGAUUAUGCCUAGUCUGCCAGUAGUACCUGAAGACUUCACCAUGACAGAACCUUGCUUUGUGCGACCAUGUUUUCAAUGUCAGGCCCCUAAUCAGAGAAUGCGUAUGAUUUUUGAAAGUCUUCAGGAUUUUGUGUUGCUACAUUUUGUGCAAGGCAUGCCUCACAACAACUUCUCAGAACUGGAUUUCACACAUGGUGGAAGUGACUACACAGUAACAGCAGUUGUUCAGUAUAAAAAGAACCCUGAUCAUUUCAUUGCUUGGCUUCGAAAUGCUCCAGAUCAUCAGUGGAUGGAGUGUGAUGACCUGAAGUCAGUUCUAACGCGUUUUACACCAGGCCAGCCGAGCAUACCGCCAAGUCAGGUACAUAUUGUCAUGUGGGAACGCAACCUUACCACAGGGCAUGCUCGCCGACUGACUGAUACUACACACACAAAUCUCUUGGCGUCACUUGUACUGACAGUACAAUAUCCCUCUUCUGCCACAUCCUCUUCGGUAACCCAGUCUGCAUCUCCUGGUUCAUUGUUGCAGCAAGCUCCUCUCACACAUGCUGCAUUCCAGGCAUUACCUGUAAGAGGUCGAGGAUCACGUGGAGGACGAGGUCGCGGGAUAACCAGGGGUCGAGGAGUAGCCACUCGCACCAACAUAAUUCGAAAGGUGCCCACCUUCAGUGCUGUGCCUGUGAGCCCCAUUGGUGCCACGGGCACCAAGCAUCUUGUUUACACUGUAGGCUCUCCUACAGCAGUAGCAACAACAGCAACUACUGCAACACCAGUUGGUUGUAGCCAGCGUGUUGUAGUAUUCAAGUCAGGAUCAGGAGGCCUGCAGGCCAUCAAUGCUUCUCACUUGACUCCAGCUGUGCUGGACAUCUUGAAGAAGGAGGGCAUCAACAUAGCAACUGUCAGAAGUACAUUACUUUCACAGCCAAGUCUGUCAGUUACUCAGCCUGUGACCAGUUUCUUGCCCCGAUCCAUGCUGUCUGCUACCUCCAUUCUGUCUAAUGCCAGUACAAAUGCUGGUAGCACUGGGAUGGAGGCAACACAGACCAGCGAGGCUUCCGAGGCUGCAGCAGCCCUCAUGUCCAGCAUGGAGGAAGUUGAAACCACUGAAUCUUCAACAACUAGCAAUGUCCAGAUGGCGCAAGAUAAAUCAGACCUUGAUCCGGCAACAAAUAUUCUUCUGCCUACAGCCACAUCAACCACCAUUGCUUCUUCCACUCUUUUCCCAGGAGCUACUUCUUUGCUCGCUACACCAGGAUCAUCCCAGCCCAAGUCUCUUUUGGGAAGUGUCUUAGCUUCAGAUACACUGCCUAAACAGCAUUCUGUUCUGAAGCAGGCACAAUCACCAGCCUCUUCGCGCAUUAUUUCGCUGGCCGCACAGCCAGGAAUGAGAUUACAAUUGGGGACAACACAGUAUCGCAUUGUGUCUUCACAAGGGAAAGGCAUUCAGAUGUCUCCCGUACCCUCUACUUCUAUGUUAAAUACAGGCAAGCGAUAUGUAAUGUUGACUCCUACUCCUAACAAAGGUAUACGUAUCAUGACUUCUCCGCAGACUACAUCAGCUGGAUCUGGUCCAACCACUGCACGAUUCCAGAUUAUAACUCGAGCUGACGGCACAAAGGUGCUAACCCAGAUUCCUAUCUCUGCACCAUCUAGUAGUAUAUCUGUACCAGCUCACGCUACAGCCAGCAGCUCAAUGUGUGUGGCUUUGGAAGGAGAGGAUGGUACACAGUUUGUAAAUAUUUCAUCUCCAUCAAAAUCUGGGCAGGCCAGUGGUCUCGAUACCUUAGCACAUGUUUCAACAUCAACUAACACCACAUCAAGCUGCUCUGUGCCAGGAGCAGGACUUGUUGGCACUCCUCUUCUCAGUGCUAAGAGUAGCAACAUUCGCACAUCAAUUGUGGACAAUGUUGCCACCUCUAGUGGUCAGUCUACUACAAAUCCUAUCAUCAUUUCACCGCCAUCAGGAAGUGCUUCUUCCGAAAUUACAUCUUCAGGAACAUCACUUACCUCUUGUACAGUUUCAUUUAUGCAGACAAUAAAUCAAGCUCAGAAGCAAGUGUGUAAACCUCUGUUUGGAGUAUCCAAGACAUCAGAACUUGCUGACCUUGGUGAGAGUAUCAUACAGUCUCAAGCACAGCAUUCCCAGAGAGAGAUUAAUGUUGCAAACAAACCUAAUCUGCUAGAGGAAGAACCUAUCGCAGAUACUGACUCAUUAGAUUCCAGUCAUACAGUUGACUACUGUAGUUCUCAGCCUAUGUCCAUGCCUGAGCAUGGUGUACGGCGAAGAGGUCGUGGUAGAGGCAGAGGUAGAGGGUAUGGAAGGGGAAGGGGCAGGGGGCGUGGAAGGGGUAGAGGACGUGGACGAGGGCGUGGACGAGGUCAAAGGUCAGACCUUGCAACUUCAUCUGUUUUCAGUGAAGAUAGUGCUUUUAUAAAUACUUUAGACCAAGAGUCAGCUCAGCUACCAUGUACUCAGGAUGUGAUGGAAGAAGUUGCAUCCACUAAACAUUCACACUCUCAAGUGGCUUUAGAACAGCAAGCUUUGAGAAACAUUUCAGGGCUGGACACAGAAGAUCAGAGUGAUAUUAUGAAAUGUUUGCCAUCAAAUAGUGGCAUCUCAGCAAGUGUGGUGACAGAAUCCAUUCAUUCAAUUGAAUUAGGAUCAGGAGAGUUUCUCACUGCUGCAUGUCAAGCAGAACAUUUUGACACUACCACCAGCUCCACUGAUUCAGAUGCAAUGCUCCAUCAGAAGGAAGCUGCUGAUGUUGAAAAUGCUGUGGAAUCACAGAAUCUGGACCUUGACUCACAGGUGGUAGAACAGGAGGUGACUGUAAGCAGCAUUAGCUCUGAUCUGUCUGUAGAAUAUGAUGAAAGGUCAGGAUGCCACCUCUCACAGCCUGUGUCAUUGUCCAGAGAUGGCAGUUUUCCUGAAAAGAACACAAGUACUGCAAAUACUUCCUCUAGCCCUUCAGAUUCAAGACAUAUAUCUGUCACAACCCAGGCCAUGUCUCCAACAAGACCAUCAGCUGAAUUGACUUUACCCCCAAAUGAAUUAUUGGAAUGUGUUAAGCAGGAAUUACAAGGUGUGGAAAAAGAAUGUGUGGAGGACACUUUGAAGUUGGGAUCACCUCAAAAGUUUCCAAAUAGAACCAUUGACACAAUAGCUGGAGAGGAUAUUACUGAGAUUCCACAAAUGCCACAGAGAACAGGAAGGUGGAGUGAUGCCUGUGACAGUCACAUGCCUGGUGAUAAUUGGCAUGCUGUUCCCUCAGUAGGCGACAGACAGAAUGAGGUUAGCAGCGAUGCUGUACUCCAAGCAACAGAUAUAAGGGAAGGGGAAGAGCAAAUGCCUAUAGAUGAGAGACUGGGUGUAUGUGGGCAGGAAAUUGACAGAGUUGACAGCCUUUUGCAGUGUGCAACCACAGAGAAAUGGGUAGAGGAUAGUCCGUUGUGGCCUGUAGAGAGAUCAAGGCUACAGCAGAUGUCUGAGCAGAUAAAGGAUGAAAGUCAUGAGCAUAUGUCAGCUGAUGAAGAUCAUUCUCAGUUAUCUGUUCUGGAAGGACUAGACACAGCUGAGAACCAGAUGUCUCAUAAUGGAAAAGAGGUAGCUGCACAGCAGUUAUCUGCUGUAGAUAGUCAUGAUGCAGUGAAACAAGAGAUAUCACACACAGAAGUAGAAUACUCAGAAAAGCAGCAACCGUCCUUUAGAUGGGCUACUGAACAGCAGAUGUCAGUGGAUGAGAAAAAGAGUACAGAAGGACACAUCUCGGACAAAAAACUAAGUGCAGAAGAGCACAUCUCUGAUGAGAAACAGAGUACGGAAGACCACCUCGCUGAUGACAAUGCAUUGAAAAAAGAUGCAGGUGCAGUCCCUGCCAAAGUAAAUGCGCAGGUAAUUUACCCUCAGCAUUCUGCAACACCCCAUAGUGACGGUGAUAAGCAUCCAGUCACCAUGCACAUCCAUGGAAGGAAAAGAGGUCGGCCAAGGAAAAAGCGAUUUGAAGCUAAACCAGAAAUCCUAGAUGCAGUACACUCUGAGAGUGAGGUAGCGACUACGACUGGCAGUGUAGCCAGUGUUUACAGUGGUGAAAUGAAUCUUCUUCCUGGGCAUACUGCAUUGGGCUUCCAGCUGGAUUCAUCAGGUGAUCAUAGCUGUUCCGAGACAGCUCCUCACAUCUUAGAGAAGCAUGUGUCAAUUGAAACUGUGCUGGAUAAGGAUACACUGGCUGGCAGUGAGAGAUUGGACAUGGCUGAACAGCUGGUAAGCAACACUGUGUUCAGAGAUACAGGUAGAGAUGAAAAGGAGACAGAGACAAGCACACAGGCAGAUGUUCAGCAACACUAUGCAGAAAGUGUAUUGCCUGCUUUAAUAACUAGUAAUAGUGUUGAGGAGCAGCCAUGCCCAGAACGAACCAGUGUACGGAAAAGAGGUCGGCCAAGAAAAAAGCCAGCAACCACACCAUCAAAAGAAAUUAUUGUACAUGAUGAUAAAAGCGAGAAAUUAUGUUUAGGCAUAGUAGAAGCUUCCACUGUGAUAGGUGUUAAUGCAGAAAAAGCAGUUGUGGUCUCAUGUGGUGAAAGUGUGCCCACUUUUCAGGAUAUGGAAGAGAUUUCAUCUCAAGAAAAGAGCAUCGUUCCUUUGCCAGAGCAGAGACAAAAUGUUUCUGUGGAGUUUGUGGACCAUGAAUUUGCAGAUUAUAGAAGCCAAGGGAAGUCAGAUGACCACAUUCCUAAAGAUGUUAAAGGUCUGGAUGCUCUGGGGAGUGAGGGUGUGAAAGUACUGUCGUCUGUAAGUGAAAAUCAGGAUAAUCAGACAGGUCCAGAAACUCAACCAAAUGAUAUGCCUAUUGAAGUACAACUCAAGAAGAAACGUGGCCGACCCAGUAAAAAGUCUGUUACCAGCAAAGUGUUGCUGAAACAGGAAGAGUCUGCAGAUAAGACACCACUUAAAGCAGAGGUUGGUUCUGAUCAACAAAUAAAAGACUUUAGUGAUAGGGAAUGCUUUGAAGAGCCAGGAUCUGGACUUCAUAUUUCAACUGAGGAGCAGACAGGUUGUCAAACCCUCGAAUCGUCUGACAUAAAGAAAGAGAGUGAUGUUUCAAAAUUAGUUGAGGAUAGCCAUGUCCAAGUACAACACAAGAGAAAACGUGGCCGACCUCGCAAACAGUCUACUUCCGGGAAAGCAGAUUAUACAGUAAUGAAAUCAGAAGUUGGUCUUAGUGUUGAGGAAACGGAGCUAACCAUAAAAAGAGAAUGCUUUAUUAAUGAAAAUGCAGAAUCUAGACAAUGUAUUUCAGAUGAAGAGCAGUCAAGACAGCAAACCAUUAAAUCAAGUGAAGUAAAAAAGGAGUUUGAUGAUUCACAAUCCAUUGAAGAAACUCUAUUACCACCUUAUCAAAGAGCUGCAACAACCAAUAAAAGGCAGAAAACUGACAGCAGCGAAUCAGAUAUUGAGUCAAAGUGUAUGAAAAAGGAAGCAAAAGGAUCAGAGAGCUCGAGUCCACUAAAAAACAUUUUUGACAUUUUCAGUGGCAUUAGUCCGCAAGAAAUGCCUUCAAGGCUUGUACAGCAGGCAAAGCAGAGACUGGAAGAAGGGGAUAUAACUACUGUUUCAUCUGAACAGCAGUCAAUUGCUGCAGCAGGUAGCUCUCUGCAUAGGCAGCCCUCUGGUAGGAUUUCCAAAAUCUCCAUUUCUGACACUUUAUCACCAUUGCAGCAGAGGUUGCAUUCAUAUGUGCCCGAGCCACUUGUUUCCCCAAGUAUUGUAGAUGCAGGAGCUUCUGUUCAGCCUCAUACUGGCGUGACAUAUCCACGUUCAUUUCCACGUGCCACUGGUGAAUACAGUCCUGCUGUGGUGAUUCGUCGCCACCCAAAACCUCUGCCCUCACCAGACACUUGUGCUCCAUCCCUUCCUUCCCACAUCUCUCCCAGUCGCCUUAUUUGCCAGCAGGCCAACUGGUCACAAGGUUAUGCUGUAGUUGUCAAACGGCGUAAAACUGCAGACUGGGCAACCUCAAGCUUAGAUACUGAGGACACACAAGUGGAACCCAGUUCAGUCAGAAUAUCCACAAAACAAGAGGAUUCUCAUUCAUUUUCCGAUGAUGGUGUACCUCAGUCCAGACAACCAAAGCAGCAGCAGAGUGAUAUGACAACAUUUAGUGAUAAUGCGCAAGAAGAUGUGAUGCUAAAAGAUGGUGUUAAAACAGAUGCAGACUCUUCUUAUGCUGGUGGAAAUGACAUUCUAUCUUGCAGGCCUGCAAGAGAAGAAACUUCCAGUUCUGCUGAAUGUUUGUCACCUCUCUCCAUGUUGACAGCAACCACAAGCAGGGAAAAGUUGUUGUGCAAAGUGUCACCCGGAAUAGAUGCUUUGAUGAAAGAAGAGACAGCAAAGUCUUGGAGCUUUGAAAUAGAACAGGCUACAGAGGUGCAGACCUGUGGCAGCUCAAGGGAGACAAGCAUAGAAGACACUAACAUGUCCAUGUCUCCUUUGUCAGAAUUGCACCUGCCAUCAUCAUCUUCAGUCCGACGCUCAACUCGCCCUUUUGUGCCAUCCCAAAGAUUGAGAGAGUCAGGUGUGCUGAAACGCCGUCUCUCAGCUUCAGACAAUGGUGAACAGGAAAAAAAGCAAAUGCGAUUGAAAAUUAAGAGGUAGACUAUUAGCCUGAUUAUUUAUGGGCUAUAGAGACUCUCAUAGAUGGUGCAUCUUAUACUUGCAGAUUGUAAUUCUUCUUGAAAUGGACAGCAUGAAUUGCUUUGGAAUUCUAAGCCAUUUUGAUCACUUGUAAGGAAGAAAGGUACUUUUGGCAUUGUUCAGUAUUCAUCACUUGCACAUAAUUAAGCAUCUUUAGUGUUAACAUUUAUGAUGUGUACUUUCAUCAUAUCUUUUCAAGUUAUGGUAGUAGAAUUGCUGUGUUAAAUGUCAACUAAUAUGGAAAUCAGCAUAAGUACAGUGCAUGCUUGAUGUAGAUUUGUGUUGCACAGGUUAUUUUGGUUUAUGUUCUUCACACAAUAUUUACAUUUACUCCAAAGUAACUAUAUUCUGCAGCACUAAAGAUCAUGUCAGCUGUCUCCAUAUUGUACUUGACAAUAUUUUGACCCUUGACAGAUAUCAGCAUGCAAUUACUCCAGUAAAUUAACUGCACAUUGAGACUUUGUUAUAGACAAAGUUUUAUGGUGGUGCAAAUGGUUGACUGGAUCUGCUUAAAUGUACUAUAAUUUUAACUUUGCCAGUUGGGAAAGUCAGACUUUCAGUUGGUGCUACAAGCUUUUUCCUAGUUGUUACUGUCUUUUUUAUGAAAUCUGGUUAUACUUGCUUUGUUGAAGUCAUUGUGGAAAGUCAAAGGAUUGAUAAGAUAAAUUAUAAAAGCAUUUGUUAGUCUCUUGGUUGAGAAUGCAAGACUAGGGCUCAUUGUAGUGUAUACUAUCAGAAGAAGCACUUUUAGGGAUUUUUAGAGUGUAUAGAUUGUAGAAAGCAGAAAUAUUCUUUCUUAUUCAAAUAUUUUCUAUUUUUAAUACCCUUUGCAUUUCCCCCUGUUUUAACUUGAUUUAUUAGAAAUAUAGACUUGUGUCAUUGCUAUAAAGCUAAGUCCCUUUCCCCCAUUGAUAGUGAAGUCUGUGGUUUUGAUUCUCCUUUCAAAUAAUUUUUGUUUACAUGACCAAAUCCUUUUACCAUCAUUGACAUUUUCAUAUAAAGUGGGAGCUAACACAUUGAAAAUCCUAUUACUAUACCUCUCCACUUUUAGGAAUGCAAAGUUGUUUUUUGCACAGUUCGGUCAUAAAAAUUGUUGUAUUUAAAUGUGAACAUCUUUAAGCCAACAAUAUAGAUAACAAAAAUUAAUGCAAAAAAAGUUGUAAAUUAUAAAAUGCUGUAUUUCUCUUUGUUUUAUUUCAGUAGCUCUUGAUUUGCCUCUGUAUGGUUCGUCCUUCAGCUAGAUGUGUUUAGAGUUGUUGGGUUUGAUUCUUCCUUCAGAGGUGAAAACAUACCAGUUGUCCAUACUAACCAGACUGGCUUUAUGAGACUUCAAGCAUUCCCUCCCACCUUUCCUGUGCCUGAGGUUACCCAAAUUUUAAAGCUAUCCAAGGUAGAUUACCCUCAGCUGCUAAAACCAUUUUCACACUCAGGAUAGGCCUUCCCAUAUCAUUUUACUUGCCAGUAAUUUAUUGGAAGAACACCCUUUUGAUAAUCGUAUCCCAUGUAGAGUAAGUAUGGCAGAGACCAUAUUUGAUCUAGUUCAACAUAUGCAAACAGUUUUUCUAGACCUAACAAGGAAACUGGAUAUAUAGAUAUCACAACUGAUUGGUACAUGUUUUUGUUGAGUUAAUCAGAGCGCUAGAUGUGAACCAUGAAACCAAUAUCACUAUCAACAUGGUGUCCUUAACUUUCUCCUUCUGUAUAUUCUUUCUAAAUAAAAGCAAAUAGUUUUUGUUGUCUUAUACUUGCUUGAAGGACAUAAAUUUUCUUCAAAAUGAAUAAACUGUAGUUUCUUGCUUAAUUUUUCAAUUUUAAAAAAAUCAUUGGGCUUUUUUUUCCCUUUGAGUUAUUGAUUUCCUGCUUCACCUCUUGACUGAACCAUUGUGUGCAAUGGCACCUUUUGAUGGUGGGGUUGGGGGUGGAAUUUCUGCUAUCCAGGACAGUCUUCACCUAAUCUUGAAUCAGAAGUUAGUUUACCUUUGAGUUUACUGAACUAGCUAGGUAUGGCAGUUUUUACCCAUAAAUAAAUUGCCUAUGCCCACAAAUACAAGCCCAGGAUAAUAGUGAAACUACACGAGCUAAUUUGGAGUGAGGAAAUAUUCACAUUACUAGCCCUAAGGCUAAUAGAAAAGCUAUGCUCCAGUAUAGAGGGUAUUGACCACAGCAUACAAAAUACAUUUUAGGUGCUAAACUUAAUGUAAAUCACUCAUUCCCAUCAUGUCUUGACAUUCAUUGCUUGGAUUUUCUUUACAAUGUCCAUCUGUGGCACAAACAUUUUUGAACCUGAUAAGUUCAUAAUAGUAUACUAAUCGUAUUUUUAUUCUUAUUGUUUGGAUUCUUUUUUAAGAUUUACCUGCAGUUUAUUACUGUCUUUAGCCCUAGCUUUACUGUUAGCUUUAAUAUCUUCAGUUGGUUGACCAGAUAUUUUCUGUACUAUGCUAGAUUUGAACAUUUAAUGCAUAACUCUUUUUUUUUUUUUUUUUUAAAAAGAAGAGGUGGGGAUACUUCAUUCUUCAAAAUUCUCUAGUCCCUGAACAUGUCAGUAUUGCAGGCAUUCAAGUUAGAUCUAAAGAUCCCUCCCACCCAGUGAUUAGAAGUUCCUUUCAUUAUUGGUGCUUUCACUUGUCCUAGCUCUCUUUGUUCUGUGUGCAUUGUUUUUAUACUGUGUCAAAUUCUUUUGCCCUCAACAUCUGUGCAGUAGUAUCAAGGUUUGUCACAAAGCUGGCAGUGCAGCAGAUAUUGUUCCCCAUCCCCAAGAGUGGGGUGUAAAGGCCACAAUUCCUGGUGUUUUGUGGGUAUGGCAGUCCAGCAAGAUGUGUUUAAAAUCCUGCUUUGACUAGCCUUGCUACCAUUAUGAGGAAAGGCAGGGCUCAAAUCAAUCACGAUAUUACACAAAUGCAUCACCCACCAAGAAUGAAGGUAAACAAAAGCAAAUUAGUUAUGGCAUGAAGUGGUGGUGGGGUUACAAAUCAUGGUUAGUAUCGGUGUGAAAAAGUAGAAUGCUAGUGUCAGAUGGUAUAGAUAUUAGAAAAGAUUCAAACAGACACAUGGAUAACAAGGUGACCAUUGUCAUUCACUUAGUCACUUGUAGAAAAUCUGGGUGUGAUUUUAUUAUGGUUAGGCUGUUUGUUGUGUAAGGCAUAUAUUUUUUUACCUGUCUGUGUAAUUUCUCCAUUCCUUUUUGAUGCAGGCUCUUGUUCAAUGAUCCAGAAUGUUAAAAAAAAUAAUGUACCUUACAGAGCACUGGACACAUGCAGAUAGCUCAGCAGAAUGGGCUUUGGGAGGAUCUUACAUAAAAGAGUAGAGAAGCAUUUAAAACAAAGCAGUGCAUUACAAAUAGUAUCUGAUAUAAUGAUAACAAAACACACAUAACCAAGUUGUCAUCUUUAAAGAUGCAUAAGUUCUAAUAGCUCUAUGCAACCGCCAAAACAAGGACCUUGCAACAGCCCUAACCAAUUUAUCAUAAGAGGAAAUUGAUAACACUAUUGACCCUCGACUGCCAACUGACCAAAGAAGAACAAGUGAUUAUCAAUUGGAGGAGCAGUAACUUCCUGAUGAAAUGCAGAUACACUAGUUUUCCUUCAAAUCCUCCACAAUCCAAGGCUUGAUUUGAUAGACUUUUCCACAUACUAAUAAGCACAUUGCAUGUUCAGAUUGCUUUGUCCUAGCAAGGGUUAUUACAGAAUAUUUGGGUCUCUCUCAAGUGAAUCUCCCUUAAGUAAGCUUGGGCUAGCCUGUAAGUCUUUUAGGUUCAGUAAAAUCUGCAUCGUUAAAAAAGAGCUUGGCAGAUGAGCUACUCUGACUUGUGAAGAAUUUGUACAGUUUGUUGUUUCUUUGUUUAAAGAGGGCAGAUUCUUAAUCUGUUUGCUAGAGGUAAUAUCAUUGUGCAGCUAGAGAUUCGACAGAUGAAUCUAAAGUAUGUGCGUUACUAUUACUAUUCAUGUCAGUAAAUCUGUGGCUUGUUUGAAUUCACUAUGCCAUUUUUAUCUAAGCAUAUUUAAUUUUAAUCAGAGUACCACAAUGUGCUGUAACCUGAUUUUUUUAAUGCUUACAUAUUUACUCAUUAGAUAGAUACUUCAAUAUAGCAAUAUCACCAUCUCUAGUUGCUUGAAAUUCAAGUGUGAUAGUGUCAUUUCCAUUAGAGGCAAAUACUUUUUCUCUAAUAAUUGUAAGAAGUUCUGGUUUUUAGUAUGCUUGACUGUGGAUGAAGGCACUGUUUGAAGCUUGCUUGGCUUGUGGCAGGAAAAGCCCCUGACCUUCCAGUGGUUGCUUAGUAGAUGUGGGUACCUGAUUUGUCAGGAAAGUUAAUGGCAGCACCAGGCGAGGGCUUGGGUACUGUCUAACAAUGCAGCAGAAGGAGAGGGAUUGGGUAUCAUAUGACAUGUACCAGCUACAAAGCCUGGUUAUUGAGUAGGUCAGUAAUGCAUAGCAAGUCAAAUAAUAUUUAGAGACCAACUGAAAUUUCUGGUGAAAUUUUGGGCCUUUAUUGCCUGCACCAUGACAUGAAAAACCAUGUGAGCAAUGUUCCCCGUCCACUGAGUUGAGCAGACUGCAAGUGACAUUGACCUGAGCAUUUACCUGGGGGUAAGAUGAUGGGGUAGAUGUCCUGCUGACUUAAAAAGAAAGAUGAAACAACUUCUUUCUCAUGGCAAUAUCAUGAUGUUAGGAAAAUCCAGCAUCGAUCCAUGCACCUGUAAUAUUAAACUUGGAGAGAAAGGGGGGGGGGGGGGAUUGUGGUCUGAAUAACAAAAUUGCGGUCAUCAACAUGUAGAGGUUAUCUGUCGGUGAACACGCUGAAAUUGACUUAAUGCCUUGGUCACUUUAUACUUGUUAAUGUAAGAGUGAGUGCAUUUUGUUCACUGUCACCACCUUGCAAGGAUAAGUUUGAGGCAUCAUCAUACAGUAAAGUAGCUUUGGCACCAAUGAUUAUGGUGUGUGGCAGGCAAACUAGCAGGUGACAUUUUUUUAUGGUGCUAAGAUGGCUAUGACUUGCAGUUAUUCUGGCCCACUUCUGCCUAGCCCAGAAUGUAUGUAGCAUUAUCAAGAUAAAGUGGAUACAAGUAUUAGUACUGUUUGAGAGAGUAACCCACACGUACUGCAUGCUCAACAUGUACAAGCAACAGCAUUUGGUCUACAGGUGCCCAUUAAUACAAGGCAACCAGCUGUGGCCAGAGUUGGGUGAUCUGGGUCAUUGUAUUGUUCUCAACAGUCGUCAGCUUGUAUUUGACCAGGAGCUUGUCCUUCCUAUUAACUGGCAAAGAAGUUGUGUAUUAAGGGCUUGUGUUUGUGCGUGUGCAUGGUAAUGAUUUUUUCAAAGAAAAUAUGUAAAUAUAUCAUGUCCAGGUAGCUGGUAAACUUGCCUUAUCCUGACAGAUUUAAGAUAUCGUGAUUUCUGAAUAGAAUAUUGUUAAGAUGCUAACAUUAUCAAGAAACUAAUGUGACUACAAAAAUAUUCUUUUACCUGUCAUGAAAGUGUAUCAUUUAAUGAAAAUAUUUAAAUAGUAUUGUACAUAGUAUAAAUGGGUUUUCUUGCUUUAUCUUCUCACAAUGUUAGACGUAAUAGUUACAGACUACCAAUGUGAUGUAUAUCAGUACAACUUGGUACAUAUUGUCAUUGUAGUGUCACUAAUUAAAAAACAAUUCGAAGAAAGAUAUUUUUUAAAAGUUUUUAACUGCCAGCCCUCUAUAUUGUCAGUUUGGAGUUUUGAAUCAGAUUGGUACUAUUUUUUAAAAAUGUGGGUGGAUUUAAUACAGAUCCAUUUUAAAUGAAGAGGAAGCUGAUAACUUUGAGGUUGGAGUAGUGGCUUCACAAGGUGCUUAAGCCCUUUGGUACAGCAUGUUUGCCCCUCUCUUGACCCAGGUGCAGAAUGGUUUCAAACGGUUAUAAAACGAAUGGCACACAUUGAAAAAUAAGCAUCUCCUAAAGAAGCAUAGCCUCUAUCACCUAACUAGAAAACUGAAUGGUCAUGGUAUUUUAUAUGCAUCUCUUCCUUUGGUGUGCAUUAUGAUCCUUUCAAAAUAAUCCAUCUUUACCUCAGAAAGUUUAAUUGUAUUCCAUAAAUCUCAUUAAAAGCAAAGACCAAGACGUCAGUAGCUUCCCAGCUCCAUGAUUGCUUCAGGAAGAGCAGAUUAUGUAUGCCAUUGAAUAGUUCCAGUUUAGUUUGUACUAUGCUAUUUCCUUUGACAAGAAAACCGUAAUUUAGCAGUGCUUUGUUUCCUAGAUGGUGCAACAAAUUUAGUACUUAUUGUCCUUGGAUUGUAAUAUGGCCCCGAAUAGAUUCUGUCAUUAAAUGAAAUGGUGACACUACUUUGUCAUUGGAUGCACCACUAUUCAGUAGGAUGUUUUUGUUAAUACAACCUGAGGAUGCACUUGCUAAAAGCUUUGGAAAAAUUCUUUCCAAGGCCAAAUGCUUCUACUUUUUAAAGUUUGCAUUUCUGUUAUUUUGUGUACAUACUUUCCAUUUCUUUGAGGUUUACAAUUGUCAGGAUUCACAUAUAUUGCUACUAAAAUAAAAUGUUUUGUCAUUUU